AUGGCUUCCAAAAUGCAAUUUACCUUUGCAGACGCUCUAGAUAUUAUUUUAAUAAUUGUGGGAUCCAUCGCAGCUGUUGCAGCAGGAACUGGACAACCAAUUAUCAUCAUUAUCUUUGGCCAGAUGACAAACAGCUUUGUGGUAACUAGUUCAAAUGUGUCUACAGAUAUACUCCUAAAUGAUCUCAACAGGUGUGAGAGUGCUAUGACCACAUAUGCGUACUACUUCGUUGGAAUUGGCUUUGCUGUGCUGCUCUGCAGUUUUUUUGAAAUCUGGACCUUUGUGGUUGCUUCUGCAAGACAGGCAUCAAGGAUACGUGACAAAUUCUUUUUUGCUGUUCUUCACCAAGAAAUGGCCUGGUUUGAUACCACACCAAUUGGAACAUUGAAUACGAGGCUGACAGAGGAUAUUAACACAAUUCACAAAGGCAUCGGAGACAAGAUUGCUAUUUUAAUCCAAAAUUUUUCAACAUUUCUGACGGGAAUUAUAAUAGGAUUUGCAUAUGGAUGGAAAUUGACCCUGGUGAUAUUGUCUGUUACUCCUCUUAUUGCUGUUUCUGGGGGCUUAUGGUCAUAUAUACUAUCAGUAUUGACUACAAAGGAGCUGCUGGCUUAUGCCAAGGCAGGGUCUGUAGCAGAAGAAAUUUUGUCAGCUAUCAGGACAGUUAUUGCUUUCAAUGGGCAGAAGAAAGCUAUAGCAAGGUAUGAUAAAAACCUAGAAGAGGCUCAGUCUAUUGGAACAAAAAAGACUAUCACCACCAAUAUUUCAACUGGUGUAUCCCAGUUUUUGAUCUAUGGAUGCUAUGCUCUUGCCUUCUGGUAUGGAACCAAACUCACAGUCGAUGAAAAGGAUAAUUAUGAUAUUGGAACAGUAUUAAUUGUUUUUUUUUCUGUACUUAUUGGGGCAUUUUCCCUUGGACAGGCUUCUCCCAAUUUGGAGAACGUGGCCAAUGCUCGUGGAGCAGCUUACCAAGUCUUUAAAAUUAUCAAAAAGCCUCGUCCCAUAGAUAGCAGUUCCAUUGAGGGAUUCAAGCUGGAUAAACUCAGAGGAGAAAUUGAAUUUAAAAAUAUCUAUUUCAGUUACCCCUCUAGACCAAAUAUUCAGAUUCUUAGAGGUUUGAAUUUAAAAAUAAAACCUGGACAGACCAUUGCUCUUGUUGGUUCCAGUGGUUGUGGGAAAAGCACUACUAUUCAACUCUUGCAAAGAUUUUAUGAUCCACCACAAGGACAGAUCACUAUAGAUGGACAUGAUGUUCGAACUCUUAACAUCAAGUGGAUGAGGGAAAACAUUGGCAUUGUAAGCCAAGAACCAGUUUUGUUCGCUACCACAAUUGCAGGCAAUAUUCGUUAUGGUAGAGAGGAUAUUACUGAUGCUGAAAUUGAACAAGCAGCCAAAGAAGCAAAUGCAUAUGACUUCAUAAUGAAACUUCCUGAAAAAUUUAAUACCAGGGUUGGAGAAAGAGGAGCCCAGCUCAGUGGGGGUCAGAAACAGCGUAUUGCUAUUGCUCGUGCCCUGGCCAGAAACCCCAAGAUCUUGCUGCUGGAUGAGGCCACCUCUGCUUUAGAUAAUCAGAGUGAAUCCAUAGUCCAAGCAGCACUUGAUAAGGCCAGGGCUGGGCGCACCACCAUUGUAAUUGCUCACAGACUUUCUACAAUCAGGACAGCUGAUGUUAUCGCUGGCUUUGAGAAGGGUGUUCUGGUUGAACAGGGGACACAUAGUGAACUCAUGGCACAUAAAGGAGUUUACUAUGCUCUUGUAAUGCAGCAGAAUUACCAGAGUGAAGAACCAGAGAGUGAAACAUCAAAUGAAGAGACAGAAUUUGAGACUGAGGAUGAAAAUAGUGAAAUUUCUGAAAAACAAGAUUUAUAUGAAAUAGCAGAUCUAAAUGACUUGGGGAGUUCUAAUGGUGGUCCAGAAGUGGCCAAGUAUGGAAGUUUACGAGGAAUAUCCAACAGGCCUUCCCUCAGUAGGGCUUCUACUAAAAGAUUUUCUGAAAGGAAAAGGAGAAAAAAACAGAAGAGGAAAGCAAAGAAAGUCCGUGUGAAAGAGACUCUUCCAGAUGUUCCUUAUACCAGGAUCCUGGCUCUGAAUAAGCCUGAAUUCUGUUACAUAGCAGUUGGGGUUGUUGCUGCAGCCAUUGCUGGAGGUGUUACUCCUGCCUUUGCAGUUCUGUUUGGUAAAAUUAUUGGGGCUUUCCAAGAACAAGAUGAUGUAAAGAAAAGCCAGAAUACAGUGCUGUAUUCUCUCAUGUUUCUGGUGUUGGGAGUGAUCAGCUUGAUAACUUAUACAAUCCAGGGAUUCACCUUUGGGAAGUCUGGAGAAGCUCUCACAAUGCGGUUGCGCUCUCUUUCUUUCAAAGCCUUGCUACAGCAGGAAAUUGGAUGGUUUGAUGACCACAAUAAUGGUAUUGGAGUUCUGUUAACCAGACUUUCAACAGAUGCUUCCCAAGUUAAAGGAGCUACUGGAAGUCGGUUGGCUUUAAUGACCAUGACUUUCUUCACACUUGUGACAGCUCUUAUCAUUGCUUUUGCACAUGGUUGGCAUUUAACGCUGCUCAUCUUAGCUUGCAUUCCCUUCGUCAUUGUUGCAAAGGCUUUUCAAGCGAAAUCGAUGGAAGGUCAUGCAGCUCAGGAUCAAAAAGCUCUUGAAGAAGCUGGAAGGAUUUCAACAGAAGUUGUAGAAAAUAUAAGAACUGUUGUGGCAUUAACAAGAGAAGACAGAUUUUUUGAGAACUACAAAGCAAGUUUAUAUAAACCAUACAAGGACUCAUUAAAGAAAGCUCCUAUUAAUGGAUUAUCCUAUGCCAUAGGGCAGAGUUUCAACUUUUUUAUAAAUGCUGCUGUCUUUAGAUUUGGAGCAUGGCUUAUUGCCCAUUGUUUUAUGAACUUUGAACAACUGUUUAUAGUCUUCUCAUCAGUGAUUUUUGCUGCAAUGAAUGCUGGCCAAGCUAAUUCUCUUGCACCUGAUUUUAGCAAGUCAAAGGUUUCUGCUCAAAGAAUAUUUCACCUUUUGGAUCGAAAGCCUGCAAUUGACAGCUAUAGUGAAGAAGGAGAAAAAUUAGAGAAAUUUGAAGGCAACAUUGAAUUUAAAGAUAUCCAUUUUGCAUAUCCAACCAGACCAGAAGUUCAGGUUUUGCAAGGACUCAAUAUAAAGAUUAACAAGGGCCAGACACUGGCUCUUGUGGGUAGCAGUGGUUGUGGCAAGAGCACUUCUAUUCAACUUCUAGAGCGAUUCUAUGACCCAAUUUCAGGACAAGUGAUUGCAGAUGGUGUAGACACUAAAUCUCUACAUAUACAGUGGCUAAGAUCCAGACUGGGCCUUGUACAACAAGAACCUAUUCUGUUUGACUGCAGUAUUGCAGAGAAUAUCCAGUAUGGAGAUAAUAGCAGAGUUGUUAGCCAGGAGGAAAUUGAAGAAGCAGCCAAAGCAGCCAAUAUUCACAAUUUUAUAGAAAAUCUUCCAGAGAAAUACAAUACCCGAGUGGGUGAUAAAGGAGCACAGCUUUCUGGAGGACAAAAGCAAAGAAUAGCUAUUGCUCGUGCCCUUGUCCGAAAACCUGCAGUUUUACUUCUAGAUGAGGCCACAUCAGCUCUGGAUACAGAGAGCGAAAAGAUUGUCCAGAAAGCAUUAGAUGAAGCUCGAAAAGGCCGAACCUGCAUUGUUAUUGCUCAUCGACUGUCAACAAUCCAGAAUUCUGAUAUAAUAGCAGUCAUCCAAAAUGGCAGAGUAGUUGAAGAAGGAACUCACAGCCAGCUGCUAGCACUGGAGGGAUUUUAUUAUGCACUUGUCAAUGCCCAAGUACCCCAUUAA